GCGAGACUUCCGCCUUUUCCCUUUUCCAAAAUGGCGGCUGCAGAGGUUUCGGGGGAAGGCUGGGGAAGAAUGAAUCUGAAAGAUAAAGCAAAACUGCAGUUGAAGAAAUUCGACAUCGGAGAGAGAUUUUCCCAUCUUCCAGGGAGAAAGGCCUCUGUUCUUCUCCCACUGAUGGUUAAGGAUGGAGAACUACACCUUCUUUUCACAGUGAGAUCAAUGCAGCUGAGACGAUCACCAGGAGACGUGUGUUUUCCAGGAGGCAGAAGUGAACCAACAGACAAAGAUGAAAUAGACACAGCUCUACGAGAAUCCCAGGAGGAAAUAGGGCUGCACCCUGAACAGGCUGAAGUCAUCUGUCGACUUGUGCCAGUGCUAGACAAAACUGAUUCCUUGGUAACUCCAGUUGUAGCCUUUAUAGACGAUACGUUUCACGCCCAUCCUAAUCCCGAAGAAGUGAGUGAUACGUUUUCUAUGCCACUGGAGUAUUUCAUUCGUCCUUCAAAGUACAGUGGCGUAACUGUACCACUAAAUGGACUUCCAUAUUUGGUGCAUACCUUUGAAUAUGAUGAUCCAGAGCGUAAGAGAUCUUUCAGAAUUGUGGGACUCACAGCACACAUUGCAGUGUUCCUUGCUCUUGCGGUUUUUGGAGAGAAACCAACAUUUGAAGUUCCGUAUGAUCUUGAGAACUUGAAUUCUUCAGCUGUGAACCUUUUCAUGGAGCGGUACAACAAUGCAAAAAGCAAACUCUGAUUUGUGGAGUUCAUUUCUCCCACUGGAACUUAUCCUCCAAUUCAAUGCUUCCUUCAGUUUAAAUACAUUCCGUUACAUAUUAAGUGUAAUAACAUUACAGUUUUAUGGAUCUGUUUUAAGGUAUUAAUAUCCUACAUGAAAUAAAAUUGGUUUGUGGUUUAGAGUCCUA